CCGAGUUUACGCUGGAAUUUAUAGGUUCGGAAGAGUGUAGUGAUAACGAGGACUCCUACGACUGGAUAACCACUGACGAGAGGACCCUCUUGCUACCCAAGAAGAGUCGCAAUUCGAGAAAUUCUGGCUUGGGGCCGAAGAUUCGGCAACUGACUUCUAAUCUACUGAACGUGGAGGAGGUCCGGGACAUAGCACGCGGACUACGUCAGCCAAUUUACCAGAAGCUGUUCCAGGAGGAUAAAGAUCAAAGGAAAUUGAAGAGAAAUUCAAAGACCAUGUCGGCACCCUCGACUUCAUCUGUGGGCGAUGCUGCGGCCGCCCUUUCUGGCAAUCUUCAGUUGCCCCCUCUGCGCACCCUGGAUGACUUCAUCCUGGGAUCGGCACGCUUCCAGCUGCCCAAUCUCAAGGACUUCGACAAGUGGGGCAACCGAGUGGUGAAGAACUUGCUCUACUACCAAACCAACUACUUUCUGCUCUUCCUGACCAUCUACGUCCUGAUGGUUGUCUGCAAUCCGGCCAAGAUCAUCAGUGGCCUGAUCGUCCAGGCUUUGAUCAUCGCUGUGAUCUGGCAGUUUUUCAGUGGAAAGUCCAAGUCGAACUUCAUCGCUAGCCGUUUGACCGGCGGAAAUGCAAACGCCGCGGAGCAGAACGCUCAGCAGAAGUGGUACAUCCUGGCUGGUGCCCUUCUCGGAGGAUAUCUCUUCCUGCACCUGAUCAGCGCUGUGCUGCUGACCGCCUUCACCCUUCUGCUGCCCAUCUCGGUGACUUUCAUCCAUGCUUCUCUGCGGCUCCGAAACAUGAAGAACAAACUGGCCAACACAAUCGAAAGCUUCGCCCCAUCCACGCCCAUGGGAUCCCUGUUGGACGCCUUGAAUGUCCGGGCCGACGGAGUACUCAAUUAGGAUUACCCGGCCAACAAAUUCAACUACCUGUACGACACAUUUAAAGUCACGUUUUUCGCCAAUUACCCUUGUUGAUCUUUGCAAAUUUACCGUAUUAUUGUAUUCAAUUAGAUCUUUAUUUUUGUAACAAACUAUGAUUUUAUUACUCAGAUAUUACGAUAAUCAAUAAAGUUUUCCCAGGAAA